AGCUUUUAUUCUGAAGGAGUCAGACAGGAAGCAGUGCCAGCAGAUCAGACAGCAGACUGGCAGUGAGCUGCACGGAGUGACUGAGAUGGCAGAUUUGUCUUUGUAUUUAAGUAAUGUCAACGUUUCACUAGGACAAACCAUGGAAACCGAUACGAGUCAAGAAGGGGGGACAGAAUUUGAGAGGGUGGAGAUGGGAGACUCUGCGAGGGCACAGACGAGGGCGAAAGUUCCCCGCAGGACUAUCUACUUUGCCAGUGGAGAGACCAUGGAGGAGUACAGCACCGAUGAAGAGGAGGAGGAGGAGGAGGAAGAGCACGUGAAGAAGGACGUCAUUACUGUAGACUCGUCUAAACUGACCUGGGGUCCGUAUUUCUGGUUCCACAUGUGGCGAAUGGCCACCUCCACUAUUUCAGUGUGUGACUACAUGGGAGAAAGACUGGCCUCUUUGUUCGGCAUCACUACUCCUAAAUACCAGUAUGCUAUUGAUGAGUACUACCGUAUGAAGAAAGAGGAGGAGGAGGAAGAGGAGGAGAAUCGCCUGUCUGAGAUGGCGGAGCGUCACUUUGUGGAGCAGCGGAGAGGUGACCAGGACGAUCCUCAUCCUGCUACCGUGGAGCAGCCCGAAGCGUCUGGAGCUUCGUUUGUUAACAUCAGUUUCGAUCUGGAACCUGAGCCUCCUCUCAGCACAGACGCAAACAGAGUCCCUUCACCUCUUCCCUCCUGAAAAUUGACAGACAAACCACUAACACUCACACCUUUCUAUCAGUUGGCUUAAUUUACGUAGCUGUAUAAAUUAAUAAUGUUAUUUUUCUAUGAUUUUAUUUUAUAAAAAGACCUUAGUACACAGUGCAGGGAAAAAAAAUAAAAAGGGCUGUUGAAGUGGCUGCACUGGCCUUACCUGUGAAUGUAAAUUUGUGUAUAGUGCAAAAUCGUAUGCAAGACUGAGACGUAUCAUUUAACUUUUGGUUGACCUCACUUUAGUCUGAGUUGAGAGUUAACUUAAAUAAAUCCUGAAUCAAUCAAUCAAUCAAUCAAUCAAUCAAUCAAUCAAUCUCAGACAGAGAUCCUCCCUGACCCGAACAAAGUGAUUUCUGGAUAAGCAGCAGCAUCAGCAUCAACAUCGACUAUGCAAUUGUUGAUCCUGCUGCCGUGUAUAUGCAAACAUUUCAUAUGUUUAGCCAGUUUUAGUAACAGCACGGCCUUACACUGGCACUGUCCAGCCAUUUCUGCUGCCAGUCUCUCUGUGUUUGCAAAGACCAAACCAUAAAGAUAACAUUAUUAGACAGUGCUGUACUCUCCAUUUCAGCUUGUCAUCGACAUACAGUCCCUAACAAACCUCAACAUCUUGUUUCCCUGCAGAGCAUAAGAUCUUACUUCUGGUUGUGGCCCUCCUGGGGAGCGUUAUAUAUUGACGUUAUUGGAACAAGUGAAACCGUUCUGACUGUAACUAUCCCUGCCAGGAUCUUGGUACAGUACUUGACUCCGUGGUGAAAAGCAGACCUCUCUGCUGCAAGUGAAGGAGCUCACAGCUGUCAGCUAUAAUUUAUUUGCCAUAGUGCUACAGGUCCUUGUGCGUAUCUGUUAUUGAUAGUUAAAAACCUCCUGUGCACUACAGUGUCUUUACAGAUGAAGUUUGAUGUUUUCUAGGGGUGUAUUGGCACUGCUUGGUUGCUGCCGUGAGAUUUGGAAGCGUGCGAGAAGCGGAAGUUUCUGUGAUGAGCAACUUACAUGAAGUAGGACUAAUUGUUUCCUCUUGGAAGUGCUCAUAUUUAAGUCAAUGUAGAUUAAUAAUGUCAGCAUAGGUCAAGUCUUUGAAAAUUUGCAAGUACUUAAAUAUAUUGACUGACGAUACACGUUGGCACUAAAAGUUCCCUACGUAUAGUGCUACUACCUUCACGUGUGUGUUGAGGAGGUCAUCGUGGAAACAUCUUGCGAGUAUUGAGCUGCAGCUGACACUGAGCUCUUAUAAGCUUCUUAUCUGUUCUCUUUAUCCACUGCUAUCUUUGUGUGGCGUGGUGACCGAUGCAGAGAAAUGACUCACACCUCUUUUGAAAAUGGGCUUUAAAGGAUGUUUAAAGUAAAUGUUAUUAGUGGGUAAUGUCUUUCACUACAUGAGUCAAUGAAGGAUAUUAUUCAU